AAUUUUUGUGCCUUGAAGCAUAUUAUUUCAAUAAAAAUAACAUCGUUUCAACACACUUGCGAACAAUAAGUACUCUGUAAUUAGGGCAAUAAACUGUGUAUUCCCCAACAAACAGUGUUGUGUUGUGUUCUAUCGUUUUGUCUUCAAUAUUUGUGAUCGGAAUUAAUUUUGGUGUCUGAAAACGGUUGAAUUAUAAUAAUAUGAAAAUAGUGUAGGACUAUAUAAUUAGUCGUUUGCGUCGUCUUCUGUAAGUGCGUGCGACAAUUGAAUUCCCGGACGUUGUAUUGUCGAGAUUAUUAGCUAAUCGAGUGAAAAUGUGUGCCGCCGCAUUGGAAACAAUCAUUUCUUGUUCCAUAUAUAUUUGAUGAACAGCUCCUGGGUUAUCAGUGAUCUAAACUCUGUGGAGCCUUCCUCACCCUCGACCACUCCCUCUUCCCCCGCGCUCAGAGCUGAUACCCAGUUCCAAACUUCAACGCCAUAUUAUAGUGGACGAAAGCAACCGCAGCCACCUUUGAACGUAGUUUUACCGGCCACUGCACCGGCCACCCCUCCUACAUACGAUGGGGAACUGUUCACAGGUGAAGCGACCCUGACACCGCCCCCGAGGUCCCCUGGGGUCCCGAUUAUAGCGAGCCCCGCUUCCGGUGACGGCAGGACCCAUCCGCCGGACGGUACUUCGUCCGAUAAGUCAUCAGAAACAGCUGUGGGCGGUAUAUCCCGGACGGCUAGUACAGCGUUGUCCCGGAAAGAGAGCUACAAAGCUCAGAGACAGCACUACAGAAGAGAAAAGAAGAGAGCGGCAUCAGCGCUGUUGCACUCUAUAGAGGAUCCCUCGGUUGUGGUGCUGGCUGAUUGGCUUAAGGUUCGAGGGUCUUUGAAAUCAUGGACCAAGUUAUGGUGUGUCCUCAAACCUGGUCUGCUUCUGUUGUAUAAAAGUCCCAAAGCCAAGAGUAGUCACUGGGUGGGUACGGUAUUACUGACAUCGUGCCAAGUGAUCGAGCGUCCUAGCAAGAAGGACGGCUUCUGUUUCAAGUUGUACCACCCGCUGGAGCAGAGCAUCUGGGCGCCGAGGGGGCCGCACAACGAGACUAUAGGAGCGGUAGUGCAGCCGCUGCCGACCGCUCACCUGAUCUUCCGCGCGCCGUCGCAGGCGGCCGGCCACUGCUGGCUCGACGGACUCGAACUAGCCUUACGAUGCAGCAAUGCUAUGCUCAGAUGUUCUCGCUCGCGGCCGGAGCAGACAGUCGCGGCGCAGUCGCCGGCCACUCAGACCAACCUCUCGCACGAAGACCUAGAAAAGCACUUUAAUGAGCACGAGCUAGCCGGCGCCGCAUCCGAUUCGGAGAGCGACGGCUCCCGGAGCGGGAUGCCGGACCGGCAGCAGGAGAUCAAGAAACACGACAUCAUAGCCAGAAUCGAGACCAGCUAUGUUGAGGAUCUCAACGUCGAUAUUGGUGUGGCUGGUGAGCUGGUAGAAGAAGUAGCAGAAGAGAACAAGUCUCUUCUCUGGUUCCUUCUGAAGCAGGUCCGUCCUGGCAUGGACCUUAGUAAAGUGGUGCUACCGACCUUCAUACUAGAACCUCGAUCGUUCUUAGAUAAACUCUCCGAUAAUUACUACCAUGCUGAUCUUUUGGCGCAGGCUCAACUCGAAGAGGAUCCCUACCAAAGAUUCAUAGGUGUGCUACGCUGGUUCCUGUCGGGCCUCUACAGGAAGCCGAAGGGUCUCAAAAAGCCCUACAACCCGGUCCUCGGAGAGGUCUUCCGCUGUUGUUGGCAGCACACCGCAGAAUCAUACACUUAUUAUGUGGCUGAGCAGGUGUCACACCACCCGCCCGUGUCCGCUUUCUACGUGUCAAACAGAAAGGACGGCUUUGUCAUAGAGGGCAGCCUUCUAGCGAGGUCCAAGUUCUAUGGUAACUCGACAUCGGCCAUACUAGAGGGUUGCGCCCGGGUCCAUCUGCUGAACUGGGGCGAGACCUACGUCACGACCGCCCCGUACGCGCACUGCAAGGGGAUCGUCAUCGGGACGCUCAGCAUGGAGCUGGGGGGGAAGGUACACGUUAUGUGUUCAGAAACAGGCUACCAAGCCGACGUAGAAUUUAAACUACGGUCAUUCUUGGGCAGUUCAGAUCAGACGAAUGCCAUAACAGGCAGAAUUAAACGCGGGAAGGACACAAUGGCCGUUAUAGACGGAUAUUGGGACGGAAAAAUUGAUAUCAAGGAUAAAAAAACUGGUGAAGAGUCGAACCUACUAGACGUGUCGACGUUGAAAGAGCACAGACUGCCUCGGUUCCUGAUGGAUGUCGAGAAGCAGUACGAUUAUGAGUCACAGAAGCUGUGGAUCAAGGUCUCCGAGGCUAUACAGAACGAUGAUCAGAUAGCGGCCACAGAACAGAAGACAAUAAUAGAGGAGGCGCAGCGCGCGCGCGCCCGCAACAUGGUGGCGCCCUGGGUGCCGCGCUUCUUCCACAAGAACCUGCAUCCUAACCCGCCUGAAGGUAUCAUCGACCAAGGAUGGGUUUAUAAUCAUCUAAACACCACCCCUUGGCAAGAAGACGAGGUGAUAGAAUACGAAGACGAAUUCGUUUUGAAGUCGCUACGGGACCACCCGGUCAUAGGCAAGCCUGUCGUGACGGAACCCCGGCGGGAGAUGUCGCGGCGUAUAUCCGACUCGGACAGUCACGACGAACUGGCGAGGCGGUCGAAGAAUACUUCUGCCGUCCACACGAAACCUUCCCCCGAAUCGUCGAAGCACGUCGGCAUCUCGUGCGAAUCGGAAACAGCGCAGAGGAGCAAGCAGUUUACACGUACUCUGAAACAGAGCCUCGUUGCCAUAGACACGGCUCUACGAGAACAGACGCAGGCCAUAGAGAGGCUGUCGAAAACUGUAGAGACAAUUAGCGAAGGCCAGAGGCAAGCGGCCGCAAUAAGGCCACAAAACGUUGGCCGAAUGCCUCAAUCAAGCCAUACCUGGGACCUAUUCGGAGGCUUCGUACUAGCCUUGGUGUUGCAAGCGUUACUAAACUGGGUAUUCUACCAUAAAGACUGAGUGUUGCCACGUGAGAAAAUUCCAUUUGUUAAAUAUUCUGACGCUACGAUUGUUCGCUAAGUUUCGGUUGGUUUUAGAAUGUGUAGUUUGGUUUGUUACUAGACGGUAGCAGGUUCUAAGCCGGUUUCCUAUAUUU